UCAAAGAUACAUAUCUAACACGCCAAGGGAAGAAGAGCACAAUGGUCGAGUCGAACAUCUGGAACAUCUCUACUUUUACCAAAGGCCCAGUGUUGGUUUCUGUUUACCGUCGACCUGCAGUGCAUGUGAUUUAACAUCUGCAGUUUCCCAACAUGUUGGGCAUCGCACUAUCAAAGGAACAAAUUAUUCUAUAGUCGCCAUCGCCAACGAGAAUCACUGUUACACUCAAGAGAAAAUUAACAUCAGUAGGACGACGUUUGAUAACGUCACUAUCGCCGUUAUGUUCGCAUUUUGUCUUUUGGGCAUUACAGUCGCAACGGCGACAAUUCACGAUAACUGGAAAGGAAACGAUUCUCGACAAUCGUUCGCUAUUCAGUUGCUUUACUGUUUUUCCGCUAGGAAGAACUGCAAAACUUUAUUUUCGACUAAAGGUGCAAAAGAUAACUUAUCGUGUGUAAACGGGAUACGAGUUUUGUCAACUUGCUGGAUUGUUCUAAUCCAUUUUGGCGGUGCGUUUACGUUACCAAGAUUAAUAUACAACCGACAAAUGGCUGUUGAGAAAACAUUACAACUGAGUUAUCAGUUCAUAACAAAUGGAUUGUUCGCAGUUGAUACUUUCUUUUUACUGAGUGGCCUACUAGUUGCAUUUACACAAUUGCGCCAAUUAGAUCAGAAUAACGGAGUUUUCAACCUCAAGCGAUUUUAUCUCCACCGCUACAUCAGACUUACCCCAGUGUAUGCAGCUUUAGUGGCGUUCAUUUCGACACUGUAUCCGUACGUGGGAACUGGUCCUGACUGGAAUUUUGUGGUACAGAAGAGCAAAGCUUUAAGAAAAUCCUGGUGGGCCAACUUGAUGUACAUCAAUAACUAUGUGAAACCAGUAAGAAACUGGGCGACAAAUCCUGAAAUGCCUUCCCCAGAGACUUGGUAUCUUGCCUGCGACAUGCAAAUGUUCUUGAUCAGUCCGCUCUUCAUUUAUCCAAUUCGGCGCUAGAAGAGGGUCGGAAUCAUUUGGACAGCGUUCAACCUUUUAGUUAUGUUGGGAAUAUCCACGAUUGUUUUUGUUGUUCACGAUCUACCGGCAACAAUCUUUUGGUUCAGACCGUAAAUUUGCUGCAAAUAUUUUAUGAAUGAAAUAAGCAUUAAACAAUUUGUUUAAU